AUGCCUCCACUUAGUCACCAGCAGCUUGCCGCCGCCGUCCUCAUGUUCCAUCGGCCAUCAAGAGUAUCGCCCAUGCAUGACGCCCGCCGUUCGCAACCUGAGUCUCGUCGCUAUGGACUCCCUCGCUCACCAACACUCGACAUCGUAGAUAGGUUUCCCCUCGUGGCCGUUGUCCAACACGACCCCUCUCAGCACCCGAAUGACCCACUUGGAGUUUGCCCUUGAUGCUUAGCAGCGCAUCCGCCCGAUUUGCAGUAGAUCCUUUGCGCGCCCGCUUGCUAGAACCUUGCCAGACUCGCGCUCCUUGUGCUUCCCUUCCUCUUCUCUACCGCUUCCCGACAUUAGCCAGACUGCUAAUCUUCGGUAGAGAACAGAUCGUCCAGCCGCACCGCCGUCUCGUCAGACCGCGUCUGUGCCGCCUUGCGACUUCUCCCAAUCGGACCGUCCGUUGCAACCGUAGCCACGUCGACGCGCCCAACAGUAGCCCCAGCGGUCGCUACACCCAGUUCCGAAAAGUUCCACGACCUACACUCUACACGCUCAACGCCCCUUUGCCACAAGAGAUCGAGAUCCUGGGCGCCAAGUACGGCUUGCGACACGAAUUCGAGACGCACUACUGCGCGGUGUGCGAUCGCGCCGGACACCAGUGGGGCGCUUGCAGGAAGCCGGUUUCGACUCCGGCCACCGCCGCCCCUGUUCCGGGGGCCUCGACCUCGACUUCGACUUCGACCACCGGCUUCCGAGUUGCUGGAAAAAUGGGAAGCACGGUGGGCCUGCCGCAUUGAACUCUCGUGUCUCUGGCGCGAACAUGAUCCAGCUGGGACCUCGUGCUAACCCCGCAGGUGCAGUAACCGCCAACAAGGACGACGCGAACGACGGCGACGACGAGUCGGUCGUUUCGACCGAACCGGAGGGCGGCGACACUGGGGAAGAGACGUCGACGCGUGCGACCCUGGGCUCAACAAAGGAGACGCAGACGACGACGGCGGCGCCCGUUUCGACCCCGACCUCUCCUUCGCCUUUGUCCGGUGGCACGUUGGGAUCAUCGGCAACCUCGACAACCUCCAUAGCCUCGACAAAUCCUCGACGCCUUCGUUCGAGCUCGGCACCCGGCAACCGACGUGUCACCCGGGCGGGAUCCGCCAUGAUCCUUGGUGCAUCAGUGUGAAGAGUCCACUCUCAGCUCAACAGGGGCGCCUCGGUCGUUGCGCGCACUUGCUAGCCCGCCCCCGGCGGUGGGGACUUAGACGCGCGCGACUGCCUCAGCGCGCCAGCGCCGGCGGAUUCAUGCGCGCGCCCGCUAGCCCGCCCCCUUGCGGUGGGGACUUAGGCGCGCCGGCGAUUUCACCCGCGGCUGACUUAGGGAUGUACAUUGUCACGCGCCUGGGCCUAUCCCAGCGUGCCCCCCCCCCCCCCCCCCCCCCCUUUCUGUUUCUUAGCUUCCUUCUCAUCACUUCUGUUCGACUCUCAACCUCUCCUGACAGUAGUGGUGAACGUCUCAUAGGUUAUAAGCCCACGAGCCACCAGCUGGCAUGACCACGACACCACCCCUCGCGACGGGUGCCAACCCUCCGAUUCCCGCCGAACAGCUCGCCGCACUUACAUCGCUGCUGUCGGGUCUCACCGCUGCCGCUUCCGGCACUGCCACACCCGCCACGACGUCCGGCACCACUCGCACCGCCUUUCCAAAGCACGCACGCUUGGAUGGUGCGAAGACCUUCGCCUGUGCCUAG